UCAAUCAAUCAGCUGUUUUACAAAGAAAAAAUGUCAAUUUCAAAUAUAUAAAAUAAAUAAUGGUAUUAUUGGUAUUUUAAAAUAUCUAAUUAAAUGUAUAAUAUUCCAUACUUUUAAACUGGUUUAAAUUAUACCAUCUUUCUGCUAUCAAUUUGCAGUGGAAUACAAAAAUGUAUUUGAUUUAUUAGGAUCUCACAUUACAGUUAAUUUGCACUGUAGAUAUUAAAGACUAAAAAUCUAUGGAAUCUGAUAGAAUAUUGGUUGCUGCUGGUUUAACAGCAGCCGCUGUAGUUGGAGCCUUUGUGUUUUGGGGCCCGUCGACCGGGUCGGGCAAUCGCAGAGGUCGCUUAGCUGGAUUAGUUAAUUUAGGUAGAACAUGCUUUUUAAAUGCCAUAUUACAUGCUUUAGCUGCUUGUCCACACUUUGUCGAGUGGUUAGAAAAGGACGGUGUCGCUAAAGAAACUAGUUUGCGAGGAACGUUAGCUACAGUAUUAUCAGUUGUAAAUGGUACAAAUAAAUCAGUUCAAGAUAGUUUUGCUCCUGCAGCUGUAAUAAAUGCACUUAAACGAUUAGGCUGGGUUAUACCAGCAGGAGAACAAGAUGCACAUGAAUUAUUAAAUGUUAUAUUAACAACUUUAGAUGAGGAAACUCAAAAAAUGACUCGAAAAGCAGGAUGUCUUUCUGAUGCUCUUGGAAUGAAUGAAAUUGAAAUGGAAGUAGAGGACGAUAACCAAUCUGAAUUUAGCUCAAUGGGAAGUGUGAUGUCUUUAAAUGAACUUUGUAGGUCCACAGGAGGACUUAAUUUUAGGGGAAGCGGUAUUAGAAGGAAUAGGUGGAUAUCUAGGUCAUGUAGGGCCUUGCAAAUGUCAGGCCCACCUCCUCAACCUGCAACUCAUCCAUUUACAGGUACCCUUACUAGUCAGCUUAGAUGUACCGAAUGUGGUUUUAAGUCAGCCGUGCGUUACGACAAAUUUGAAAGUUUGUCAUUAGCGCUCCCGAGUGGAGCUGGGGACUUGGGUUGGGGACGUCACAAGUUACACCAGUUGCUCACUAACUUUGUCACCCCAGAAGUGGUACAGGAUGUUCAUUGUGAAGGGUGUAAUAAGGAUAGAGAUCCAGCGGUAUCACCUAUUUUGUCUAGACAAAUUAAAAUUCUGAACUUUGGCAAGUUACCAGUAUGUCUUUGCAUACAUAUAUCUCGAAAUAUUUGGUCUCCUAGUGGAAUAUCAAAGCGUCAGGACUAUGUCCAGUUUCCUAUGAGACUUUCCAUGUCAGCUUAUACGUUUAUUCAAGUACAUUACCAAAGAAAAUUACCAGGCUUGACCUAUACCAGUACGAGUGAGGGCGGUAGUCCACUGUCAAGCAACACCCCCCUAUGCUGGGCGGGUAAUUCGCUCAGUGAAAUGUCAAACGAAUUUAGAAAUGUGUAUCAGUUGGCCGCCGUGGUUGUUCACACUGGCGAUGCCUAUUCUGGACACUUCAUAACAUAUAGAAGGGGCCAUUUCAACAAUAGAUGGUUUUAUACCUCAGAUAUUGAAAUUAAAGAAGUUUCAAUUGAUGAGGUACUACAAAGCACAGCUUAUUUAUUAUUUUACGAAAAAUCUUCGUCGAUGAGCGCUUUUUAAAUUUAAGAAACUUUAUACUUAAAACGAGAAUUCUCUUUUAUAUAGAAUAUUUAUUGUUGAAUAUUUUUAAAGCAUUUAAAUGCAUUUUUUUACUUAAACUUUUGUUUCUCUUAUACAUUGCUAGACGUAUCGUUCUUUAUUAAAUGUGAUUGUAUGAAAUGACAUAAAUGUGUUAAUAAAAUUUAAAAAUGCAUAAAUCAAAUUAUAUAUGAAUGUAGUAUACACUUGAAUCUUAAAUGUGCAUAACGUUGUUAGAAUUGUGCAAGAACAUUACAAAAAAAAAUGUUUUGUUAAAUAAAAAUUUUAUUCCCUA